AAAUUUAAAAAAAAUAUCUUUUCAUUUACUUAACUUACCCUCUAUGUUGCGCCCCUGGCAGCUGCUACUGGGCGUGGCACUGAGCUUGGGCGGUGCUUUAAGCUGCUUUAUAGCUGGCGUUUACUUUCAACAUGCGCAUGCGCAACUUUUGCUGCAGCAGCUGCUGGAGCAGGAUCCUUAUGUCUACCAUGUCAGUCCCAAGCUCCAGGACUUGUUUGCUUUUUUUCCUGCACACUUUGAGGCACACAAUCGUCUGGGGCAAUUGAUGAAGUACGGCUUUCCUGGCUUGGAUGAUGUGCGUGUUUAUAGCGAUUAUGUGCUUAGCUACGAUCGUCGCAAUCGCGUAGCCCACUGGGUGUGUGAGCACUUGGACGCAAGCAAGCUGGAGCCGCCUAGAGGCGUGGCAGUAAGGCGUAACCAGGCACGCUAUCAUGCGGACAUGAGCGUGCCGUCAAAUUUUCGCGCCACCUUGGCGGAUUACAGAAGCUCUGGCUUUGAUCGUGGCCAUUUGGCUGCUGCUGCCAAUCAUCGCGCUCAGCAACUGCACUGCAACGAAACGUUUCUGCUGUCCAACAUAGCGCCGCAAAUAGGGGCUGGCUUUAAUAGCGGCGCCUGGAGAAAGUUGGAGCUGUAUGUGCGUGAGUUGACGGAGCACUUUGGCUCCGUCUAUGUCAUCACGGGUCCUUUGUAUAAGCCCAGUCGACGUCAUAACGGCAAGUGGGGCGUUGAGUACGAACUUAUAGGCGCCAAUAUGGUAGCAGUGCCAACGCAUUUCUUUAAGGUUAUCAUGCUGGAGUCGCGUCUGCCGCAGGGUAAGCCCUAUAUGGAGGCCUAUGUGCUGCCCAAUGCGCCAAUAUCAGAGCAGCUGAGUCUGCGUGCAUUUCUAUGCGAUAUACGUGAGAUCGAGCACCACGCGGGCUUGCAAUUCUUUGAUGGCCUGCGGCGUAGUCAAAUCUUUGGCAGCAAUUUUCCCAGCGCUUCACAGGUAUUCAGAGACUUUGAUUAACAAAUUUCUAAUAAGCUUAGCACCCAAUGUUUGUAAAAUAUUCCAAAAACUGAAAAAUUAAA